UUCUUGGAGGGCAGAAACGCGCUGAAGCUGCUGCUGCGUGCGUGGAUCCAGCCUUCAUUAAUUCAGCAGCGAAGUCUCGCGGUGUUCACGCAACCUCUCAGACAUCUUGCGUUUGUCAGACCGCUACGAAUCUGCUACACGUACGAGCAGAAACGCAGCAAAAUCCCAUCCAGCAUCGCUCGAUCGCCGUCACACCUUCACAUGCAGGGCUGAACUGAGUUUGCGCGCUCGAGACACACGGAGAGGAUCGCGUGCGGCGUUAUUUUCGUAUUGUGCGUCAUUUCUGCAUUUCUGCGAUUCCACCCAGGCAAUAUGGCAACACCCGCUGCUGUAAACCCAUCGGAAAUGGGCACGGAUCUGCCGGGGCCGGUGGUCAUGCCGGGUGCUGUGGUGGGCGCGGGUCAGGUCAGGAUGGCAGGAGCCAUGCCGGGGCGAGGGGGCAAGCGGAGAUCAGUGGGGAUGGACUUUGAUGACGAGGACGGCGAGGGACCCAGCAAAUUUUCAAGGUAUGACGAUGAUCAGAUUCCCGGUGAUAAGGAGCGUUAUGCCAGAGAGAACCACAGUGAGAUUGAGCGUCGCAGGCGUAAUAAGAUGACCCAGUACAUCACAGAGCUGUCGGACAUGGUGCCGACCUGCAGCGCACUAGCCAGGAAACCAGACAAACUCACCAUCCUGCGCAUGGCCGUCUCACACAUGAAGUCCAUGAGGGGAACGGGGAACACUUCAACUGACGGCGCUUACAAACCCUCCUUCCUGACCGAACAGGAACUGAAGCACUUGAUUCUGGAGGCGGCUGAUGGCUUCCUGUUUGUGGUGGCGGCUGAGACGGGUCGUGUUAUCUACGUGUCUGAUUCUGUCACUCCCGUUCUGAACCAUCCGCAGUCCGAGUGGUUUGGCAGCACGCUCUUUGAGCAGGUCCAUCCGGAUGAUGUGGACAAACUGAGGGAACAGCUGAGCACAUCUGAGAACUCGAUGACAGGGCGUAUAUUGGACCUGAAGACGGGGACAGUGAAGAAGGAAGGACAGCAGUCCUCUAUGAGAAUGUGUAUGGGCUCCAGACGUUCCUUCAUCUGCAGAAUGAGGUGUGGCAGUGCUCCACUGGAUCAUAUCUCACUGAAUCGGUUGUCCAGCAUGAGAAAGAGAUACAGGAAUGGUCUUGGUCCGUCUAAGGAGGGGGAGGCGCAGUACUCCGUUGUGCACUGUACCGGCUACAUCAAGGCCUGGCCGCCGGCGGGCAUGACCAUUCCGGAUGAAGACACGGAAGCAGGUCAAACCAGCAAAUACUGCUUGGUUGCGAUUGGAAGACUGCAGGUGACCAGCUCACCAGUUUCCAUGGAUAUGAACGGACUCUCUGUGCCGACGGAGUUCCUUUCCCGCCACAACUCAGAUGGCAUCAUCACUUUUGUGGACCCUCGUUGCAUCAACGUGAUUGGCUACCAGCCUCAGGAUCUUCUUGGUAAAGACAUUUUGGAGUUCUGCCACCCGGAGGACCAGAGCCACCUGCGAGAGAGCUUCCAGCAGGUGGUCAAGCUGAAAGGGCAGGUUCUCUCGGUUAUGUACCGCUUCCGGAUGAAGAACCGUGAGUGGAUGCUCAUCAGAACCAGCAGCUUCACCUUCCAGAACCCUUAUUCAGACGAGAUCGAGUACAUCAUCUGCACCAACACCAAUGUCAAGCAGCUUCAGCAGCAACAGCAGGCUGAGCUGGAGGUUCACCAGAGAGACGGACUGACUGCUUAUGACCUGUCGCAGGUGCCGGUUGCCAGCGUCCCAGCCGGCGUUCAUGAAGCAGGCAAAACAAUCGACAAAACCGAUUCACUGUUCUCGCAGGAGAGAGACCCACGCUUCAGUGACAUAUACACGGGCAUCUCUGGAUCUGAUAAGAAGAUGAUGGUGCCGUCCUCCACUGCUGGCGGACAGCAGUUAUACUCUCAAGGCAGCCCCUUCCAGCCCGGACACUCCGGCAAGAGCUUCAGCUCAUCUGUGAUCCACGUCCCAGGAGUCAAUGACAUCCAGUCCACAGCUGGCUCAGCUGGACAGAACCUGACCCAGAUCUCUCGGCAGAUCAACGCCGGCCAGGUGUCCUGGACAGGAAACCGACCUCCUUUCUCCAGCCAGCAGCAGAUUCCCACUCAGUCCAGUAAGAACCAGUCCUCACCGUUCGGCAUGGGCUCCGGUCACAGCUACCAGGCCGACCCGUCCUCUUACAGCCCCCUGUCCAGCCCCGCCACCUCCUCGCCCUCUGGAAACGCCUACUCCAACCUGGCCAAUCGCAGCACUGCUUUCGAUGUGUCGGCUGAGAGCAGCCAGAGCGGAGGGCAGUUCCAGAGCCGGCCGUCUGAGGUCUGGUCUCAGUGGCAGAGUCAACACCACAGCCAGCAGGGAGGAGACCCUCAUCCUCAUCCUCAGUCCAGCCAGACCGAGGUCUUCCAGGAUAUGCUGCCGAUGCCAGGGGAUCCCACCCAAGGAACAACCAAUUACAACAUCGAAGACUUUGCCGACCUCGGCAUGUUCCCACCGUUCUCUGAGUAAUCGGAGACUCUUUUGUUUGUUUUGGUUAGGACUGCCGUAUCUUCAUCUCAUAUGUGACGCUCAUGACGCUGCUGAAAGACAUUUCUACAUUCACACACACACACACACACACACACACUUGGCUUGACCCCUCAUUCACAAACAAAAUAAAUAUAUUCCCAGUCUGACGCUCCUCUUCCUCUUUUUACCAUCAUGUGAUGAUUAACUGCUGCCAUUAUCACUAAAACAAAUUUUUCAAAAAUAAAUGUGCAUUUACAGUCAAUUUUGUGAGCAGUAAAAGUGCAAGAUUAUUUAUGCCAAGGCAUAAUUUACGUGUAUUAAAGCAGCAUCAAUAAUAAGCCUAAUUUACAUUAAAAAAAAACAGGCAAAUUAAUAACAUGCAGGAUUUGGUGUCUAAUUAUUGUAUGUUAGUUAGGAGUUAAGAUUCAGCCAGCAACCAAAACAGUCAAGACUGUUUUCACACACACACACACGCAUAAAUAUAAUGAAGAGAUUUUUUGACGUUUUUAUCGUACUGAAGUAUUUUCACGAUCUUUCAAGAAGCGAAGGAUUGUUUUCUUCACGUGUUGCACCUAACUUUCCGUUGCCAAACAGCAUCUCGCUGACAAAAAAUGAUGAGAUAUUUUUACGCUUACCGUGUAAAAUGUAGUCUAUGUAGUGAUGUCUAUAACCUAGCUUAACUAAUAAUAAAUGUAGACGGAUGUAAAGACAAAAAACAGUAUUUGAUUUGAAUUUUUCAUUUGCAAUAUAUAUGUAUUUUUUACUUUUCUUAUGAAAACACUAGCAACAGUGUCACUUUGUGAAGUAAUUGACACCAGCCUCAUAUGAGCAGAUGCAACAUAAUUGUCAAGCAUUUUGCAGUGUUCAUUGUAAUCUUUGUGGCAGCUGCAAUUCUUACUAUUAACUUUUGGACUAAUAUUGUGGAAACUCGAUCAUGCCACAACUCUGGACUGAUGGGAAGACCUUGAUGUGAAACCAUUUUGGAUAUCAAAUAGAUGUUUAAUGUAAAUAAUGUGAUUUUUAUGUCAGGCCAUGGUUUAUUUCGCAUACAGCUAUAUAUACUUGUGUAGGUUUAAUAUCAUUGUGUGCAAUGUGAGUGCAUAUUAAACUCUCGGUACUAAGUUAGCCUGUCCAUUGUACAAUGAGUUUAGGAUUGUAUAAAUUGUGUACAUGUGUUCCAUUAUUUUGUUGUAACUUUUGAAAUUGUGCUCGUGACAAUAAAUUCUCAUUGAAUAUGUGGAUUUCAAUUAAA